UACCAGUAUUCACAUGCCUAGAAAUGAGUUAGUAUCAAUCGUACACGCAAACACACCAGACAUAAUUUUGUGCAUUUUUUAAAAACAAAAAACGAAAAAAAAUUAAAAUGGAACGUUGGGUUGGUAAAGUAGCAAUUGUAACCGGUGCUAGUUCCGGGAUUGGUGAAUCCAUCGCUGAAAAAUUAGUAAAAGCAGGAGUUUUGGUAGUUGGUUUAGCUCGACGUGUCGAAAACAUCGAAGCAAACGCAAAAAAACUCGCAACUUGCAAAGGUAAACUCUACGCGAUGAAAUGCGACAUGACCAAAGAGGAAGACAUCAUCAACGUUUUUCAAUGGACAACAAAGAACGUCAGCUUGGUCCAUAUCCUAGUAAACAACGCCGGUGGUAAUCCAGGAACAACUCUCAUCGAUGGUGACGCCAGUCGUUGGAGACAAUGUUUCGAAACAAACAUAAUUGGACUUCUCACUGCGACACGCGAAGCGAUUAAAAUCAUGCGUGACAAUAACAUCGAAGGACAAAUUGUCAAUAUCAGCAGUGUACUAGCUCAUUCCAAUUGGUAUUUUCCAACUAUUAAUGCGUUCGAUGAUGGAUUCGUCUAAGUUUUUGAGGGCUAGUGAAGUGGCUGAUACUGUUAUGUAUAUUAUAAGCACUCCACCGAAUGUUCAUAUAAGUGAGAUGAUUGUUAGACCACGAGAUUCUGCAACUCAUUAAAAAAAAAAAUGGUUGUUUGUAAAGUAGGUUUACGAUCGAGAUGUUUACGUGAUAACGUCUUAUUGGUGAUAUAAGUUUUGUUUGUUGCAAUUGUUGUAACACUUCACUUGCACUUCACAUUUUGUUUUACUGUUAGGCUUUUGUUUUUAUCGGCCGAUAAAAAGUUUGUAGUGUGCGGGGAGCCUAAGGUUAUAACGAGAGGGGGGUAUACCUGCGAUCGGCCUCGUGAGGCCUCGCGACACAGUUUCUGAACAGUCACCCGACUAAAACGAUUUUAAAGACGUUAUCACGUCAAAAAGGGAGAAAAUACAAUUUACUUAGAUUAUAGAGAAUAUUUGUUAUCAGGGUGGAUGAAAAAAAUUGCAUAUUGCGAAUUAUACUAAAAAAUACAAUAAUAUAAACAUUUUUUGCACGCCACUGGUUUAAAUGACAGUUUUUGUGAAGUUUUUUUGCUCAAAAAUGACUUUAACGUCAUCUACAAUUAAAUUACAUAACUAUAACUUAUGAUAAAAUUACCUUCGCAAUUUUCAUCUCUUAUUUUUCACUCUUUAAGUUAUAAUUUUAAUAGAAAAUUGCAAGAAUAAAGAUUGUUUAAAAACAAGAACCACGCAAGUUACAAUAAAAUAUAUACAUUAAUUUUUUU